UACAGACAGAAGUACUGGUAAUUACCUUUUUUUAUACGCACAAGCGAUCCAUUAUUAGGACAUAGACAGCGAUGCACUUUUGACGUUUAGUACGGGAGCCGUUCGUAAAUGAAACGCCUCGAGCUAACCUACCCGUCAAUCUUCUGCUGCGUACCUAAAGUAUCAAGAAAAACGAUUUCAUCCUUGACCGCCUCCGUCUCAACCACAAGCACCUUGAAAUCUCUACUGGAAAAGAAGCUAAGCAGCCAACCAUGCCUACCUAGGUAUACCUACCUGCCUCCCUCCUGUCCAUACAUACCCGCUGUGCCGCUCUCCAAUAAUCCUCCACAAAUCGACGAUGGCUCAGGUCCAAGCAAGGUAAAAACAGAGACCACAAAAACCAAGAGCAUCGUUUCAAAACUAUCCAAACAUAGUCUAACUCCUUUACAUCUUCAACGCACGCGUUUAAUUAUCCCAAGAAAGGAUUCGCUCCAUUUCGCUGGCAAUUCUCUUUCCCCUUUCCUACUUGAUGAGUGGGGUCAAGCUGCACAGCCAGGUCAUUGGCUAUUCAUGAUAACAAUCAUCAUUCCCAGUACCCACCCGCACUGGUGCUGUCUCUUUUCGUGGUAAACAGAACCGAGGGUGGUGUUUGCGGGGAAGAUGCCUGUAGACAUUUAAGGGACGUAUGUACACGUCGGUGUCAUGAUAUAUUUACUUCCUGCAUUUAACUCCAGCAUCCGUGCUGGGACUUCUGGCGGAGGUCGCCGCGUUGCUUGUCGCUUUCCAUUCUUUCUUGACGC